GGACGAGAUGGAGGAGGAGGAGGAGAUGGAGAACAUGGGGGAGGACAUGGAAGAGAUGGAGGAGACGGAGAGGGAGUAGAUGGAGGAGAGAUAUGAAGGAGGUGGAUGGAGGAGAACAUGGAGGAGGAAGACAUGAAGGAGGUGAACGAGAUAGAGGACGAGGAGGCGAUGGUGAAGAUGGGUGAGGAUGUGGAGGAGAUGGAGGAUAUGGAGUGGGAGGAGAUGGAGGAGGAGGAUAUGGAGCAAGAGGAGGAGAUGGAGGACAUGGACGAGGAGGAGAAUGUGGAGGAGGAGGGGAUGGAGCAAGAGGAGAUGGAGGAGAUGGCGGAGAUGGAGGAAAUGGACGCGGAGGAGGACAUGGAGGAGGGCAUGGAGGAUGAGGAGACGGAGGAAAUGGAGAUGGAGGAGAUGGAGAUGGAGGAGAUGGAGGAGAUGGAGGAGAUGGAGGACAUGGAGGAGGAGGAGGAGAUGGAGGAUAUGGAGGAGGGUAUGGAGGAGGAGGAGAUGGAGGAGGAGGAGAUGGAGGAGGAGAUGAAGGAGAUGGAGGAGUACAUGGAGGACGAAGAGAUGGAGGAGGCCUUGGAGUACAUGGUGGAAGAUGUUGAGAAGAUGGACUUCGUGAGGGUGAUGGCGGAGAUCAAUCAACCAAUCAAUCAAUCAAUCAAUCAAUGGAGACUAUCAAUCGAUUAUGCACUCAAUGAACAAAUGUACCCACUGGCUGCUGAGCACGCAGACAAGAUGGAUGGAGAGCUUGCCGCCGAGGACCUGCGUGAAUUGGACGAGCCAUGUGACCCGAUGCCAGAUCGUGCAGGAGGAGUUGGAGACGGUGAUCGUGGUGGAGUGCCCUUCAACUGGUUGCGGUUGAAGGAGACGCAAGACUAUUGGAACUACAUAGUCACACUCCUGCAUCCUUCGAUCGUGCCGGUGCCACGACUGCUGACAUACGAGGGAGUCCGCACGAGGAUGAUGGACAUCAUUUUCCACGAGAUAGCAGUCCUCAUUGCACCUAAAAAGGCAAAGUGGGCUACCACAGGAUGCACACUGCUGACAGACGGGGCUACCGACACGACCAACAAGCCCAUCAUGAGCUUCAUAGUAGCAGGACAGUCUGGACCCAUCCUCAUGCGGACCAUCGACAUGUCGCAUCGGGAAAAGACGGGAGUCGGCCUGGAAGAGAUUUGGGAGGGAGUCAUCAGAGAUGAUAUUGACAUUGACAAUGUGAAUGCCAUCUGCACUGACAACGCAGAAGUGAUGAAGACAGCAGCCGACAUCUUGCAGUCACACCCCGACCCGGCUACUCGUCGCAAACCUUGGAUCCCGUGUGCAACACAUUGCUUCAGCUUGCUGCUGAGGGACAUUGCGGCGCAUUCUUGGGCGGCCACUGUCAUGAGGAAGGCGCACACGUUAGUCAAGUUCAUGCGCAACAAACAACGAGCCCUAGCACUUCACAAGACCAUGAAGAACGCGCUAGUACUGAAGCGACCAGCGGAGACGCGUUUUGGGAGAACGUUCAUGAUGCUAGAGAGGCUAUAUGAGCAGAGGGUUGUGUUAGACAAGCUCGUGUCAGGGGAGUUGUGGGCGCAGGUGCGGUGGAUUGGGGAUGCGAGGAGGGAUGAGCCCGAGGUGCGUAGAAUGUGCAGAGACGAUUCUUGGUGGGGGAGGGUGAAGAUGUUCGUGGACGUCAUGGCCCCGUGCUUCAGGUUCCUCAAGGACAUGGACAGGGAUGGAUCAUCACCCACAAGAUUCUGGGAUUUGGAGAGCAUAUUGCGGGGGGGGGUCAAGGCUCUUGGACUGACGGAGGAUGAGAGGAGGGCGGUCAUGGAUUUCAUAUCCGACAGAUGCAGGAUGAUGCGUCAGCCUGCCCAUGCGGCUGCGUAUCUGUUGGAUCCUCGCCAUCGCAUUGUGGACGACCCUCGCUACUGGCCGAAAAGUGGAGCGCCCUGGUGGGACGAGUAUGCGGUGAAGGACGCGGUGGAGUGGGGAAUGCAUGCAACGAUGUGGUGGGAGCUUCACGGUGGCCAGGAGCCAAGACUACAGACAAUUGCUCGCAAAGGGUCACCAAGGGGGCGGGGUUCUCAAGCGGGGGCUUCUGUCACCAAGGGGCAAAGGGUUCAACGGCCCCUUCUGUCACCAAGGGGGCGGGGUUCUCAAGCGGGGGCUGUUCGGGACUUGGGGGUGAGGAGAGUAGUGCUUCAAGUUCUGGGGCAAAGGGUCGAGGUAACAUCAACCGCCAUCGUGAACGAAAGGGGUAGGGGGCGGGAAGAAGAGGCGAGAGAUACGUGGGGCGCCUUGGACGAGGGGUCGGAGGCCGAGUCAUGGGCAGACCGGUGUCUUGCCGAUUUCUCGGACUCGGAUCUCGGGGAUUAUUGGGACUACGAGAACGAAUUCUGAAAGGUUCAAGGACCACAGGGUACGUAGUUUGUAACUGCCUAACCUGAGAGAAUCUUCCUAAAUCUCUGCUUCCCUACCCCCUUUUCUUUGAAUACCCCGAUUAAAUUAUUCGAUUCUAAGAGAGAAAAGAGUCAGCCGGUGGCGAAAAGGAAGAAGGGAACGAAGUGAGAAGAGUUCAUGAUACGAGAAGGAGAAUGAGAGGGAGUAGACAAGCUAGCGAUCACUGAUCGAUAGGCGGAUAAAGUCUUGGGACCCGA